CACACACACACACACACACACUAUUUGAGAAGACACACGAAAAGUUGCUUGUUUACCACCAUGGCUCUAAAAAGACCACUGAAGUUUGCAGAAUUAAAAUAAUUGACCAAUAAAACCAGAAAGAAAACAAGACCUCGGGCAUUACGUGGACACCUGUGCAACCAGGAGCCUUGUAUCAAGCCAUGGCGGAAUCCAGAGACUAUGUUGGAGACUUCUUCACUGAAUUUAAGCAUGAAAUCAUUGUACGAGCAAGACAAGUCAGUGACAUCACAGAGGCGGUCAUCUCCCAAAGUUUGAUUCAUGACAGGGCAGUUUAUCAAAUCCAGGCUGCUCCUACUGAGCAAGAGGUGAUGAGGCUUCUCUUUGAGGCCCUUGAAAGAGAACCUUCUCAACAUAGAGUAUCCUUCCACCUGAUACUUAGAAUGACGGAACCUGAGCUUAUUCAUGAGCUAGAAUGGAGACAACGAAACAGCAAGUAUACUCAGACUGAGGAUCUAUUUUAUGGUGAGAAAAAGGAUGAAAGCCAAGAGUGGAAGAGUGGACCCAAGGCUGACUCACAAACAAUGGAAGAUUCAUCAACAAGAAGAAAACUAGAGAUAAUGGAGCAGGAGCUAAAAUGUGAGAAGAACAUGCUUGAGCACAUCAGAGCUGACCUGCAAAGAGAAAAGAAAAUUCUAGAAGACAAGCAUCUUGAAAUUGUCAGAGAUAGACGGAAUUGUGAAAAUGCACAAGCUGAGCUUCAGAAAGCAAAACAAGAAUUUGAGAAGAGCAGGGAAAGUCAGAUGUUUUAUAGAAAGAGGGAAAAGUUGAAUGAUAACAUUGAGAUGCUGAGGGAAGAAAUAAAGCAAAUGCAAGUCAUGAAAAGUAAGUUAUUGAGACAAAAGGAGGAUGUAGAGGCCAAACUAGAGAAGGCAAGAAAGGAAAUGCAUGAACUUGAACAGCUGAAGAUAGACCUACAGAGACAGAAUGAGGAAACUGACAACAAAAUCAGACAGACAAAGAGCAGUAUGGAUGAAGUUGAACAGAUGAAGGCUGAAAUACUAAAACAAAAAGAGGAUAUAGAGCUCAAAAUGCAACUUUUGAAAACUGAAGCAGAAAAGGUGCAAAAAGUCAAGGAAGAAAUACAACAACAACGAAAUGAAUUAGAAGAAAGGAUGCAGUGGGCAAAACGUGAAAUGGAAGAGAUGGAACUUAUAAAAAAAGAAAUGGAUAGGAAGAGACAAGAUCUUGAUCAAAAGAUGAAGCAGACCACCAGGAGAAAGAGUGAAAUAGACAAAAUGAGAGUGGAAAUACAGAAAGAAAAAAUUGAAAUGGAACGCAAUAGGGAUGAAUUACAAAAAGCAAGAGAGGAAUUUCAGUGUAUGGUUGAGAACAACAGUGAACACCCAGAAGAUAAAGAUGGGAUAAAUGCCAAGAUUGUUAAUCUCAUUUAUCAAAUUGAAAAAACCAGAAAAUUGGUUUGGGAGGCCUCAUUUUACAUGGAAAAUAGAAUGACUGAAAGCCAGCUGGGGGCAGUAGAAGUAAAAAAGAUGAAAGAUGAAAUGCAGAGACUUGUUGUAGAAAUUGAACACAUCAGAGAAAUGCUACAAUGGCUUAAAGCAGAAAUGGAGCAAAGCAAAGAGAUCAUUAGGCAGGAGAAAGAAGAAGUAAGAAUGCUAAAAAUUGAAAUUCAGCGAAGAAAACGAGACCUUGAAAAGAAAGAAGAAAAACUGAUGAGAGAAAGAGAUGAAUUAGAAAUAAUGAGUGCCAAGAUACAGCAACAAAAAAUCGAACUGGCAAAACCUUUGGAAGAAAUACACAAAAUUAAAACUAGACAGGCAGGCAAAGAUAUUUAUAAAAAUGUGGACAAAACAGAGUAUGUAAAAGAAAGGAAAGAAAAGGCAGUUGAUGCAUUUUCACAGACUGAACUGAAUCAACAAAAACUAAUGCCGGAGAACAAUUUAAGGGAAAUGACAGAGGACAGGCAUGAACUUGAAAUGAUGAGAACAGAACUCGAAACUCACAAAAAUGAAAUAGAAAACAACAGGCUGGAGAUAAAAAAGAAAAAAGAGGAGCUUGAGCAAAUAAUUAAGUACAUAGAUAUGGAGAAACAAGACAUUGAAAAAAAUAGACUACUACUUGAUAAUAUGAAAAAUGAGCUAGGGAUAAUAAAGGCAAAAUUGAAUGCUGAACAAGAAGAUAUUACCUUUGAAAAACAAGAAAUACAGAAUGAAAGAAAAAGUUUUGAGCUGUCAAAGGCAUCUAUGCAAAGUGAAAUUCAGGAUGUAAAGAAUGCUUUGGAAAAAGCCAGAAUGGACAUACGAAACCUAGAUAAAAUUAAGGGAGGAUUAGAAAAAGAAAAUGAAUUAUGUAGGAUCAUUGUUGAUGACACAAAUAAAGAAAAGGAUGCCUUGGAGAGAAAGGUUGCUGAAAUAGCAAAGCAAAAGGAAGACAUUGAGGCUACCAAAUUUCUACUUGCAAAAGAGAAAAAUGAUCUUGAAAAUAACUGGUUGGAAUUGAGGAAAGGAAAGGGGGAGUUGGAAUUACAAAUCAGAAGUCAAAAGGAAAAACUGGAAAGUGAAAAAUUAAAAAUGGAGGAACAGAAAAACUUACUGGAAAAAGAAAUUAGUAAGAUAAACCAACAAAAAGAUGAAUCAGAAAAAGAAAAGGAAAAUAUACUGAAAAAUAAGGAAAAAAUUGAAGCUCUUAAAGAGCAAAUAUUAAAAGAGAGGGCUGAAAUUGAGGAAAUCAAAAACAAGAUGAUAAAUGACAAAAUGACUCUUGAUCAAAAACAGAAUGAAAUACAACAACAAAAGGAAAUUCUGGAGGACAAUUUGAAUAAAAUAUUUGAAGAUAGCCAAAAUCUGGAUAAGAUGAAAUUGGAAUUUGAAAAGAUAAAAGAAAUUGAGAUUGUCAGGGAGAAGAUGAAGCAGGAAAGAAAGCAGCUUGAUCAGUUGAUGAAUUCCAUUCAAAAGGAAAAAAUGGAUAUUGAAAAGAACACAUCUCUUAACAACAAAUUGAAAAAUGAGGUACAAGAAAUGAAGGCAAAUUUUAAUGCUGAACAAGAACUUAUCACCAUCGAAAAACAAAAGAUAGAGAAUGAGAGAAAAAUAUUUCAGUUAUCAGAGGCAUCUAUGCAGAAAGAAAUAGGAGACACAAAGAAUGCUUUGGAAAAGGCCAAAGUAAGCAUUCAAGAUCUUGAGAAAAAACUAGAACAAGAAAAAGAAAAAUACAGAAUUCACACUGAAGGAAUAAAUCUAAAUCCUCCUGAUGAAGCUGAGAAUAAUGAAGAUAUGGAAACUGAGCUGAGGAGACAAUUUAAAAUUGCCAAGACUACGAGUGAGACUAGUAAAAUUGAAGAGAUUAAGGCUGACAUACUAAGGCAAAAGAAUGAUGUUGAAAAUAAAAUGUGUCAUGUGAGAACAGAAAUGGAAAAGGUGCAACAGGUCAAAGAUGAAAUUCAUCAACUUAGAAAUGAUCUGGAUGAAAGAUUGCAAAAAGUAAAACGAGAGACAGGAGAAAUGGAACUUUUGAAAACAGAGAUUGAAAGGAAGAAGAAAGAUCUUGAUCAAAGGAUGAAGCAAAUAACAAGGAAAAAAGACGAGUUAGACCGAAUAAGGGUUGAAAUCCAGGAAGAAAAAGAAAAAAUGGAAUGCAAAAGGGUAGAAAUUGAGAAUAAGAGAUAUCAGAUAGAAUGUCUUAAAUAUGGAAUACAAAGAACAAAAGAGGAAUUGGAGAAUUGUGUGAAAGGUGUCACUUUAGACAGGGAGGAAAGAGGAGAGAUUAUAUCUCUUACUGACCUAACUGGACAAACUAGGGAUGGUGUAUGGAACACCAAGACUCACUUUGAGAACAGAAUGGCAGACAGCCAACUACUAGCAGGGGAGGAUAAUUUGAUGAAUACUGAAAUGAAUAGACUUGUUAUAGAACUUGAACACAUCAGAGAGAUGUUGCAAGAACUUUCAUUCAAAAUAGGGCAAAGCAAGGAGGUCCUAAGGAGAGAGAAAGAAGAGGUAAACAUGCUAAAAAAAGAGAUACAAAGAAGACAAAGAGACCUUGAAAACAAAGCAGAAAAGAACAUGAGAGAACGGGGUGACUUAGAACUGAUGAGUGCCAAAUUGAAGCAACAAAAGGAAGAAUUGGAGGAAACACUGAAAGAAAUACGAAAAUAUAAAGCAAGGACGACAUGGCAAGAUGAGCUAGGAUUGUGGAAUAAAACAGAGUUUUCAAAACAGGAAAAAAGCAGGAAACUUGAUGAACGUCUUAUUCAGGAAAGAGGGUCUAAACUGGAUCAACAAAAACAAAUUCAAAAGCCCAAUUUGGGGGAAAUAAUGGACGAGAGGAGUAAACUUGAUAAGAUGAGAAUGGAACUUGAAACUCAAAUACAACAACUAGCAAAUGAUAAGGAAGCUAUGCAACAGAAAAGACAGGAAAUUGAUCAACUGAUAAACAACAUAAACAUUGAGAAAAAGGACAUUGAAAAGAACAGACUUAUGAAUGAUAAUUGUAGAAAUGAACUUACAGAAAUAAAGGUAAAACUGAAUGCUGAACAAGAAGUUAUCACUCUUAAAAAGCAAAAGAUAGAAAAUGAAAAAAACAGAUUCCAGUUAUCAAAGACAUCUAUGCAGAGGGAAAUUGAGAACAUGAAGUCUGCUUUGGAAAAGAGCAGAAUAAACAUUCAAGAUCUUGAGAAAAAACUAGAACAAGAAAAAGAGAAAUGCAGAAUUCACACUAAAGAAAUAAAUCAGAAAAACAAGGACCUGGGAUUGAUGGUUAUAGCAACAUCAGAACAAAAUACAGAAGCUGAGAAAAAUAAAGAUAUGGGAACUGAGUUGGGGAGACAGAAUAAGGCUAUUCAAACCAAACCAGGGAAUGCAACGGAGGAAAUGUAUGAACUUGAACAGCUGAAAAUAGAACUGCAAAAAAAGAAUGAUGAAAUUGAGAAUAAAAUUGUUGAGACUAAGAGUGAGACCAGUAAAAUGGAAAAGAUGAAUGCUGAGAUACUAAGGCAAAAAGGAGAUGUUGAAGAAAAAGUAUGUUUUGUAAGAAAAGAAAUGGAAAAGGUUAAACAAGUCAAGGAGGAAAUUCAAAAACAAAGAUAUGAACUGGAAGAAAAGAUGAACAAAGAAAAACGUGAGCUGGAAGAAAUGGAAGUUUUGAAAAAAGAGAUGGAAAGGAACAAGAAAGAUCAGGACCAAAGGUUAAAGCAAAUAACAAGGAAACAAGACGAGUUGGACAGAAUAAGAAUGGAAAUCCAGGGAGAAAAAGAAGAAAUUGAAUGCAAAAGGGUAGAAAUUGAAAAAAAGAGAUAUGAAGUAGAAUGCCUUAAAUCCGAAAUACAAAGAACAAAAGAGCAAUUAGAGAAUAGUGUUGAAUGUGCCACUUCAAACAGUGAUGAAAAAGAAGAGAUAAGGAUUGAGAUUUCCAGGCUUAUUGACAUGAUUAAACAAACUAGAGAAAGUUUAUGGAACACCAAGAGUCACUUUGAGAAUAGAUUGGCAGACAGCCAACUAAUAGCAGAAGAGGGAAAUUUGAUGAAUGCUGAAAUGAACAGACUUGUUAUAGAAACUGAACACAUCAGAGAGAUGUUGCAACAACUUAAAUAUGAAAUGGGGAAAAGCAAGGAAGUUCUAAGGAGAGAAAAAGAAGAGGUAAAAACACUAAAAAAAGAAAUCCACAAAAGAAAAAGAGAUCUUGAAAACAAAGCAGAAAAGAACAUGAGAGAACAGGGUGACUUAGAAGUGAUGAGUGCCAAAAUAAAGCAACAAAAGGAAGAAUUAGAGAAAACACUGAAAAAGAUGCAGAAAAAUGAAGCAAGGAGGAAGACAAGGCAAGAUGAGCUAAGAUCACAGGAUGAAAGAGAGUGUGUUAAAGAUGUAGAAGGCAGGGAAACUGAUAGACUGCUAAUUCAGCAAGGAGAGACUGAACAGAAUGAAGUAAACCCGAAUAGAGAAGAGAAUUUAAAGGAAGUGCUGAAAAAGAAGAGUAAACUUGGAAAGAUGAAAAACAAACUUAAAACUAAAAGAAAACAAACAGAAAAUGAAGGGAAAGAAAUAAAACAGAAGAGAAAACCAAACGAAAAAGAAGAAAGCGAAGUAUUGGCAAUGGAAUACCAGAGAAACAAACAAAAAGAAUUGAUUAGAUUCAACCAAGAAAAAGAAGAGAUAGAAAAAGAAAAAGAAGACAUACAGAAGAAAUGGAAAGAACUUGAGACACUGAAACAGCAACUAUUCAAAGAAAGGCAGGAAAUUGAGGAAAUAAGGAACAAUAUGUUAACAGAGAAACUGUUAUUUAAACAAAGGGAGUCAGAAACCAGUCAACAAAAGCUAACUCUGGAGGACACCACAGAAGGAAUAAAGGAUGAGAGAACAAAUCUUGAUAAAAUGAAAGUGAAAUGUGAACAAAAGAUAAAAGAAAUGGACACUGUAGGGGAGAAGAUGAAGCAAGAGACAUAUGUACUUGACCCAUUUAUGGCAGGUAUUAAAAUGCAGAGGGAAGUUCUUGAAGAACAUAGCUCUAUAAAUAAAAAAAUAAAAAAUGAUCUAGAAGAAGUGAAGGUGAAACUGAAUGUGGAACAGGAAGCUAUCGCUCCUGAAAAGCAAGAGAUACAGAAAGAGAAAGACAAGUUGGACCAAUCAAAGGCAUCCAUGCAGAGCGAAAAGCAGGAAAUAAAAAAUGCUUUGGAAAAAGCAAUGAUAGACGGAGAAAAUCUGGAUGAAAUUAAAAGAGGAGUAGCAGAGGAAAAAGAAAAGUAUAGAAAUGAGGGUAAAGAGACAUCCAAACAAAAGGAUGCCUUGGAGAAGACUGCUGCGGAAAUUGAAAUGCAAAAGAAAGAAAUUAAUUCCAAAACUGUCCUUCUUAAAAACAACUGGAAGGAAUUGCAGGAACGAGAGUGUGAGUUGCAACUGCAAAUCAAAAACCAUAAAGAAAAAGAAGAAAGAGAAAUAUUAUUAAUUGAGGAACAGAGACAUACUCUGGAAAAAGAAUUGAUUAGAAUCAACCAAGAAAAAGAAGAGACAAAAAAAGAAAAGGAAGACAUACAGAGAAAAUGGAAAGAACUUGAGACCCUGAAACAGCAACUAUUUAAAGAGAGAGAUGAACUGGAGGAACUUAAAAACAAGAUGUUAAAAGAAAAACUGUUACUUGAGCAAAAGAACACAGAAAUCAAUAAACAAGAGGAAAUUCUGGAAGACAAUGCAAAGGAAUUAAAAAUGGAGAGAACACAUCUGGACAAAACGAAACUGGAAUUUGAUAAGAAAAUACAAGACAUGGAAAAUACAUUCGGUGAGAGGAUGAAGCAAGAGAGAGAUGAACUUGAUCUAUUCAUGGAGGAUAUUAAGAUGCAGAAGCAACUUCUUGAAAAGCAAAGGUCUAUAAACAGCAGUUUGAAAAAUGAGCUAGAAGAAAUGAAGUCGAAUCUGAAUGUGGAAAAGGAAGCUAUCGCUAUUGAAAAGCAAGAGAUCCAGAAAGAGAAGGCAAGAUUGGAUCAAGCAAAGGCAUCCAUGCAGAGCGAAAUGCAGAAAAUCAAAAAUGCUUUGGAAAAAGCCACGACAGAAAGAGAAGACCUUGAUAAAAUUGAGAGAAGAUUAGCAGAGGAAAAAGAACAGUCUAGAAUUAUGGUUGAGGAGACAAUCAAACAAAAGGAUGCCUUGGAGAAGAUCUCAGCUGAAAUUGAAAUACAAAAGAAAGACAUUGACGCCAACAAAGAACUUCUUGAAAAGAACUGGACGGAAUUGCAGAAACGUGAGAAUGAGUUGCAAAUGAAAAAAGAAGAAGAAAAAGAAGAACGAGAAAUAUUACCAACAGAGGAACAGAGAAAUACACUGGAAAAAGAAUUGAUUAGAAUCAACCAAGAAAAGGAAGACACUGAAAAAGAAAGGGAAGACUUACAGAAGCAAUGGAAAGAACUUGAGACACUGAAACAGCAAUUAUUCAAAGAAAGAGAUGAACUGGAGGAUUUAAAAAACAAGAUGUUAAAAGAGAAACUGUUACUUGAGCAAAAGGAGACAGAAACCAAUAAACAAAAGCAAGUUCUGGAAAACAAUGCGAAAGAAUUACAAAUAGAGAGAACACAUCUGGACAAAAUGAAACUGGAAUUCGAACAGAAGAUACAAGACAUGGAAAACACGGUCAGGGAGAAGGUGAAGCAAGAGAGAGAGGAACUUGAUCUAAUCAUUGAGGAUAUUUACACGCAGAAGCAACUUCUUGAAAAGCAAAGGUCUUUUAACAACAAUUUGAAAAAUGAGCUAGAAGAAAUGAAGGCAAAAAUGAAUUUGGAACAGGAAGCUAUCAAUCUUGAAAAGCAAGAGAUACAGCAAGAGAAAGAAGAGGUGGACCAAUCAAAGGCAUCCAUGCAGAGCAAAAUGCAGGAACUAGAGAUUGCUAUAGAAAAAGCGAUGAUAGACAGAGAAAAUCUGGAUGAAAUUGAGAGAAGAUUAGCAGAGGAAAAAGAAAAAUGUAAAAUUAUGGUUGAGGAGACAACCAAACAAAAGGAUGCCGCGGAGAAGAUGGCUGCUGAAAUUGAAAUGGAAAAGAAAAACGCUGAGUCCAAAACUGUCCUUUAUGAAAAGAACUUGAAGAAGUUGCAGGAACGAGAGAGCGAGUUGCAAGUGCAAAUCAAGAAACAUAAAGAAAAAGAACAAAGAGAAAUAUUAUCAAUGGAGGAACAGAGAAAGACACUGGAAAAAGAAUUGAUUAGAAUCAACCAAGAAAAAGAAGACAGAGAAAAAGAAAAGAAAGAUGUACAGAAGAAAUUGGAAGAACUUGAGACACUAAAACAGCAACUAUUCAAAGAGAGGAAGGAAAUGGAGGAAAUAAGGAACAAGAUGUUAACAGAGAAACUGUUACUUGAGCAAAAGGAGACAGAAACCAAUAAACAAAAGCAAGUUCUGGAAGACAAUGCAAAAGAAAUAAUGAAGGACAGAAUAAAUCUUGACAUGAUGAAACUGGAAUUUGAACAGCAGAUUCAAGAAAGGGAAAACACAGUCAGAGAGAAGAUGAAGCAAGAGAGAGAUGAACUUGAUUUAUUCAUGAAGGAUAUUAUCAUGCAGAAGCAAGUUCUUGAAAAGCAAAGGACUAUAAACAGCAGUUUGAAAAAUGAGCUAGAAGAAAUGAAGUCAAAUCUGAAUGUGGAAAAGGAAGCUAUCACUCUUGAAAAGCAAGAGAUCCAGAAAGAGAAAGAAAGGUUGGACCAAUCAAAGGCAUCCAUGCAGAGCGAAAUGCAGGAAAUAAAAAAUGCUUUGGAACAAGCCACGACAGAAAGAGAACAUCUGGAUAAAAUUGAAAGAAGUUUGGCAGAGGAAAAGGAAGAGUGUAGAAUUAUGGUUGAGGAGACAACCAAACAAAAGGAUGCCUUGGAGAAGAUAUCAGCUGAAAUUGAAAUACAAAAGAAAGACAUUGACGCCAACAAAGAACUUCUUGAAAAAAACUGGAUGGAAUUGCAGAAACGUGAGGAUAAGUUGCAAAUGAAAAAACAAGAAGAAAAAGAAGAAAGAGAAAUAUUACCAACAGAGGAACAGAGAAAUACACUGGAAAAAGAAUUGAUUAGAAUCAACCAAGAAAAGGAAGACACUGAAAAAGAAAGGGAAGACUUACAGAAGCAAUGGAAAGAACUUGAGACACUGAAACAGCAAUUAUUCAAAGAAAGAGAUGAACUGGAGGAUUUAAAAAACAAGAUGUUAAAAGAGAAACUGUUACUUGAGCAAAAGGAGACAGAAACCAAUAAACAUAAGCAAGUUCUGGAAAACAAUGUAAAAGAAUUACAAAUAGAGAGAACACAUCUGGACAAAAUGAAACUGGAAUUCGAACAGAAGAUACAAGACAUGGAAAACACGGUCAGGGAGAAGAUGAAGCAAGAGAGAGAGGAACUUGAUCUAAUCAUUGAGGAUAUUUACAUGCAGAAGCAACUUCUUGAAAAGCAAAGGUCUUUUAACAACAAUUUGAAAAAUGAGCUAGAAGAAAUGAAGGCAAAAAUGAAUUUGGAACAGGAAGCUAUCAAUCUUGAAAAGCAAGAGAUACAGCAAGAGAAAGAAGAGGUGGACCAAUUAAAGGCAUCCAUGCAGAGCAAAAUGCAGGAACUAGAGAUUGCUAUAGAAAAAGCGAUGAUAGACAGAGAAAAUCUGGAUGAAAUUGAGAGAAGAUUAGCAGAGGAAAAAGAAAAAUGUAAAAUUAUGGUUGAGGAGACAACCAAACAAAAGGAUGCCUCGGAGAAGAUGGCUGCUGAAAUUGAAAUGCAAAAGAAAAACGCUGAGUCCAAAACUGUCCUUUAUGAAAAGAACUUGAAGAAGUUGCAGGAACGAGAGAGCGAGUUGCAAGUGCAAAUCAAGAAACAUAAAGUAAAAGAACAAAGAGAAAUAUUAUCAAUGGAGGAACAGAGAAAGACACUGGAAAAAGAAUUGAUUAGAAUCAACCAAGAAAAAGAAGACAGAGAAAAAGAAAAUAAAGACGUACAGAAGAAAUUGGAAGAACUUGAGACACUAAAACAGCAACUAUUCAAAGAGAGAAAGGAAAUGGAGGAAAUAAGGAACAAGAUGUUAACAGAGAGACUGUUACUUGAGCAAAAGGAGACAGAAACCAAUAAACAAAAGCAAGUUCUGAAAGACAAUGCGAAAGAAUUAAAAAUGGAAAGAACACAUCUGGACAAAAUGAAACUGGAAUUUGAACAGAAGAUACAAGAAAUGGAAAACACGGUCAGGCAGAAGAUGAAGCAAGAGAGAGAUGAACUUGAUCUAUUUAUGGAGGAUAUUAACAUGCAGAAGCAACUUCUUGAAAAGCAAAAGUCUAUAAACAGCAGUUUGAAAAAUGAGCUAGAAGAAAUGAAGUCAAAUCUGAAUGUGGAAAAGGAAGCUAUCGCUAUUGAAAAGCAAGAGAUCCAGAAAGAGAAGGCAAGAUCGGACCAAGCAAAGGCAUCCAUGCAGAGCGAAAUGCAGAAAAUAAAAAAUGCUUUGGAACAAGCCACGACAGAAAGAGAACACCUUGAUAAAAUUAAGAGAAGAUUAGCAGAGGAAAAAGAACAGUCUAGAAUUAUGGUUGAGGAGACAACCAAACAAAAGGAUGCCUUGGAGAAGAUCUCAGCUGAAAUUGAAAUACAAAAGAAAGACAUUGACGCCAACAAAGAACUUCUUGAAAAGAACUGGACGGAAUUGCAGAAACGUGAGAAUGAGUUGCAAAUGAAAAAACAAGAAGAAAAAGAAGAACGAGAAAUAUUACCAACAGAGGAACAGAGAAAUACACUGGAAAAAGAAUUGAUUAGAAUCAACCAAGAAAAGAAAGAGACUGAAAAAGAAAGGGAAGACUUACAGAAGCAAUGGAAAGAACUUGAGACACUGAAACAGCAAUUAUUCAAAGAAAGAGAUGAACUGGAGGAUUUAAAAAACAAGAUGUUAAAAGAGAAACUGUUACUUGAGCAAAAGGAGACAGAAACCAAUAAACAAAAGCAAGUUCUGGAAAACAAUGCGAAAGAAUUACAAAUAGAGAGAACACAUCUGGACAAAAUGAAACUGGAAUUCGAACAGAAGAUACAAGACAUGGAAAACACGGUCAGGGAGAAGAAGAAGCAAGAGAGAGAGGAACUUGAUCUAAUCAUUAAGGAUAUUUACAUGCAGAAGCAACUUCUUGAAAAGCAAAGGUCUUUUAACAACAAUUUGAAAAAUGAGCUAGAAGAAAUGAAGGCAAAAAUGAAUUUGGAACAGGAAGCUAUCAAUCUUGAAAAGCAAGAGAUACAGCAAGAGAAAGAAGAGGUGGACCAAUCAAAGGCAUCCAUGCAGAGCAAAAUGCAGGAACUAGAGAUUGCUAUAGAAAAAGCGAUGAUAGACAGAGACAAUCUGGAUGAAAUUGAGAGAAGAUUAGCAGAGGAAAAAGAAAAAUGUAAAAUUAUGGUUGAGGAGACAACCAAACAAAAGGAUGCCUCGGAGAAGAUGGCUGCUGAAAUUGAAAUGCAAAAGAAAAACGCUGAGUCCAAAACUGUCCUUUUUGAAAAGAACUUGAAGAAGUUGCAGGAACGAGAGAGCGAGUUGCAAGUGCAAAUCAAGAAACAUAAAGUAAAAGAACAAAGAGAAAUAUUAUCAAUGGAGGAACAGAGAAAGACACUGGAAAAAGAAUUGAUUAGAAUCAACCAAGAAAAAGAAGACAGAGAAAAGGAAAAGAAAGACGUACAGAAGAAAUUGGAAGAACUUGAGACACUAAAACAGCAACUAUUCAAAGAGAGGAAGGAAAUGGAGGAAAUAAGGAACAAGAUGUUAACAGAGAAACUGUUACUUGAGCAAAAGGAGACAGAAACCAAUAAACAAAAGCAAGUUCUGGAAGACAAUGCGAAAGAAAUAAUGAAGGAGAGAAUAAAUCUUGACAAGAUGAAACUGGAAUUUGAACAGCAGAUACAAGACAUGGAAAACACGGUCAGGAAGAAGAUGAAGCAAGAGAGAGAUGAACUUGAUUUAUUCAUGAAGGAUAUUAUCAUGCAGAAGAAAGUUCUUGAAAAGCAAAGGUCUAUAAACAAAAAUAUGGAAUUUGAGCUAGAAGAAAGGAAGGCAAAAUUAAAUGUGGAACUGGAAGCUAUAAAUCUUGAAAAGCAAGAGAUACAGAAAGAGAAAGAAGAGGUGGACCAAUCAAAGGCAUCCAUGCAGAGCAAAAUGCAGGAACUAGAGAAUGCUUUGGAAAAAGCCAUGAUAGAUAGAGAAAAUCUGGAUAAAAUUGAAAGAAGAGUAGCAGAGGAAAAAGAAAAGUAUAUAAAUAUGGUUGAGGAGACAACCAGACAAAAAGAUGCCUUGGAGAAGAUGGCUGCUGAAAUUAAAAUGGAAAAGAAAAAUGCUGAGUCCAAAACCGUUCUUCUGGAAAAGAACUUGAAGGAAUUGCAGGAACGAGAGUGUGAGUUGCAAGUGCAAAUCCAGAAACAUAAAGAAAAAGAACAAAAAGACAAUUUGGCAAUGGAGGAACAGAGAAAUAUAAUGGAAAAAGAAUUGAUUAGAAUCAACCAAGAAAAAGGAGACAGAGAAAAAGAAAAGAAAGACUUACAGAAGAAAUUGGAAGAACUUGAGACACUGAAACAGCAACUAUUCAAAGAGAGGAAGGAAAUGGAGGAAAUAAGGAACAAGAUGUUAACAGAGAAACUGUUACUUGAGCAAAAGGAGACAGAAACCAAAAAACAAAAGCAAGUUCUGGAAGACAAUGCGAAAGAAAUAAUGAAGGAGAGAAUAAAUCUUGACACGAUGAAACUGGAAUUUGAACAGCAAAUACAAGAAAGGGAAAACAUAGUCAGAGAGAAGAUGAAGCAAGAGAGAGAUGAACUUGAUUUAUUCAUGAAGGAUAUUAUUAUGCAGAAGAAAGUUCUUGAAAAGCAAAGGUCUAUAAACAAAAAUAUGGAAUAUGAGCUAGAAGAAAGGAAGGCAAAAUUAAAUGUGGAACUGGAAGCUAUAAAUCUUGAAACGGAAGAGAUCCAGAAGGAGAAAGAAGAGGUGGACCAAUCAAAGGCAUCCAUGCAGAGCAAAAUGCAGGAAAUAAAAAAUGCUUCGGAAAAAGCCAUGAUAGAUAGAGAAAAUCUGGAUGAAAUUAAAAGAAGAGUAGCAGAGGAAAAAGAAAAGUAUAUAAAUAUGGUUGAGGAGACAACCAGACAAAAAGAUGCCUUGGAGAAGAUGGCUGCUGAAAUUAAAAUGGAAAAGAAAAAUGCUGAGUCCAAAACCGUUCUUCUGGAGAAGAACUUGAAGGAAUUGCAGAAACGAGAGUGUGAGUUGCAAGUGCAAAUCCAGAAACAUAAAGAAAAAGAACAAAAAGACAAUUUGGCAAUGGAGGAACAGAGAAAUAUAAUGGAAAAAGAAUUGAUUAGAAUCAACCAAGAAAAAGGAGACAGAGAAAAAGAAAAGAAAGACUUACAGAAGAAAUUGGAAGAACUUGAGACACUGAAACAGCAACUAUUCAAAGAGAGGAAGGAAAUGGAGGAAAUAAGGAACAAGAUGUUAACAGAGAAACUGUUACUUGAGCAAAAGGAGACAGAAACCAAAAAACAAAAGCAAGUUCUGGAAGACAAUGCGAAAGAAAUAAUGAAGGAGAGAAUAAAUCUUGACACGAUGAAACUGGAAUUUGAACAGCAGAUACAAGAAAGGGAAAACAUAGUCAGAGAGAAGAUGAAGCAAGAGAGAGAUGAACUUGAUUUAUUCAUGAAGGAUAUUAUCAUGCAGAAGAAAGUUCUUGAAAAGCAAAGGUCUAUAAACAAAAAUAUGGAAUAUGAGCUAGAAGAAAGGAAGGCAAAAUUAAAUGUGGAACUGGAAGCUAUAAAUCUUGAAAAGGAAGAGAUCCAGAAGGAGAAAGAAGAGGUGGACCAAUCAAAGGCAUCCAUGCAGAGCAAAAUGCAGGAAAUAAAAAAUGCUUCGGAAAAAGCCAUGAUAGAUAGAGAAAAUCUGGAUGAAAUUAAAAGAAGAGUAGCAGAGGAAAAAGAAAAGUAUAUAAAUAUGGUUGAGGAGACAACCAGACAAAAAGAUGCCUUGGAGAAGAUGGCUGCUGAAAUUAAAAUGGAAAAGAAAAAUGCUGAGUCCAAAACCGUUCUUCUGGAGAAGAACUUGAAGGAAUUGCAGAAACGAGAGUGUGAGUUGCAAGUGCAAAUCCAGAAACAUAAAGAAAAAGAACAAAAAGACAAUUUGGCAAUGGAGGAACAGAGAAAUAUAAUGGAAAAAGAAUUGAUUAGAAUCAACCAAGAAAAAGGAGACAGAGAAAAAGAAAAGAAAGACUUACAGAAGAAAUUGGAAGAACUUGAGACACUGAAACAGCAACUAUUCAAAGAGAGGAAGGAAAUGGAGGAAAUAAGGAACAAGAUGUUAACAGAGAAACUGUUACUUGAGCAAAAGGAGACAGAAACCAAAAAACAAAAGCAAGUUCUGGAAGACAAUGCGAAAGAAAUAAUGAAGGAGAGAAUAAAUCUUGACACGAUGAAACUGGAAUUUGAACAGCAGAUACAAGAAAGGGAAAACAUAGUCAGAGAGAAGAUGAAGCAAGAGAGAGAUGAACUUGAUUUAUUCAUGAAGGAUAUUAUCAUGCAGAAGAAAGUUCUUGAAAAGCAAAGGUCUAUAAACAAAAAUAUGGAAUAUGAGCUAGAAGAAAGGAAGGCAAAAUUAAAUGUGGAACUGGAAGCUAUAAAUCUUGAAAAGGAAGAGAUCCAGAAAGAGAAAGAAGAGGUGGACCAAUCAAAGGCAUCCAUGCAGAGCAAAAUGCAGGAAAUAAAAAAUGCUUCGGAAAAAGCCAUGAUAGAUAGAGAAAAUCUGGAUGAAAUUAAAAGAAGAGUAGCAGAGGAAAAAGAAAAGUAUAUAAAUGUGGUUGAGGAGACAACCAGACAAAAAGAUGCCUUGGAGAAGAUGGCUGCUGAAAUUAAAAUGGAAAAGAAAAAUGCUGAGUCCAAAACCGUUCUUCUGGAAAAGAACUUGAAGGAAUUGCAGAAACGAGAGUGUGAGUUGCAAGUGCAAAUCCAGAAACAUAAAGAAAAAGAACAAAAAGACAAUUUGGCAAUAGAGGAACAGAGAAAUAUAAUGGAAAAAGAAUUGAUUAGAAUCAACCAAGAAAAAGAAGACAGAGAAAAAGAAAAGAAAGACUUACAGAAGAAACUGGAAGAACUUGAGACACUGAAACAGCAACUAUUCAAAGAGAGGAAGGAAAUGGAGGAAAUAAGGAACAAGAUGUUAACAGAGAAACUGUUACUUGAGCAAAAGGAGACAGAAACCAAAAAACAAAAGCAAGUUCUGGAAGACAAUGCGAAAGAAAUAAUGAAGGAGAGAAUAAAUCUUGACAAGAUGAAACUGGAAUUUGAACAGCAGAUACAAGAAAGGGAAAACAUAGUCAGAGAGAAGAUGAAGCAAGAGAGAGAUGAACUUGAUUUAUUCAUGAAGGAUAUUAUCAUGCAGAAGAAAGUUCUUGAAAAGCAAAGGUCUAUAAACAAAAAUAUGGAAUAUGAGCUAGAAGAAAGGAAGGCAAAAUUAAAUGUGGAACUGGAAGCUAUAAAUCUUAAAAAGGAAGAGAUCCAGAAAGAGAAAGAAGAGGUGGACCAAUUAAAGGCAUCCAUGCAGAGCAAAAUGCAGGAAAUAAAAAAUGCUUCGGAAAAAGCCAUGAUAGAUAGAGAAAAUCUGGAUGAAAUUAAAAGAAGAGUAGCAGAGGAAAAAGAAAAGUAUAUAAAUGUGGUUGAGGAGACAACCAGACAAAAAGAUGCCUUGGAGAAGAUGGCUGCUGAAAUUAAAAUGGAAAAGAAAAAUGCUGAGUCCAAAACCAUUUUUCUGGAAAAGAACUUGAAGGAAUUGCAGGAACGAGAGUGUGAGUUGCAAGUGCAAAUCCAGAAACAUAAAGAAAAAGAACAAAGCGACAAUUUGGCAAUGGAGGAACAGAGAAAUAUAAUGGAAAAAGAAUUGAUUAGAAUCAACCAAGAAAAAGAAGACAGAGAAAAAGAAAAGAAAGACUUACAGAAGAAAUUGGAAGAACUUGAGACACUGAAACAGCAACUAUUUAAAGAGAGAAAGGAAAUGGAGGAAAUAAGGAACAAGAUGUUAACAGAGAAACUGUUACUUGAGCAAAAGGAGACAGAAACCAAUAAACAAAAGCAAGUUCUGGAAGACAAUACGAAAGAAAUAAUGAAGGAGAGAAUAAAUCUUGAAAAGAACAAACUGGAAUUUGAUCAGCAGAUACAAGGAAGGGAAAACAUAGUCAGAGAGAAGAUGAAGCAAGAGAGAGAUGAACUUGAUUUAUUUAUGAAGGAUAUAAUCAUGCAAAAGCAACUUCUUGAAAAGCAAAGGACUAUAAACAAAAAUAUGGAAUAUGAGCUAGAAGAAAGAAAGGCAAAAUUGAAUUUGGAACUGGAAGCUAUCGAUCUUGAAAAGCAAGAGAUCCAGAAAGAGAAAGAAAGGUUGGACCAAACAAAGGAAUCCAUGGAGAACGAAAUGCAGGAAAUGAAAAAUGCCUUGGAAAACGCCAUGAUAGACAGAGAAAAUCUGGAUGAAAUUAAGAGAAGAGUAGCAGAAGAAAAAGAAAAGUAUAGAAAUGUGGUUGAGGAGACAACCAAACAAAAGGAUGCCUUGGAGAAGGUGGCUGCUGAAAUUGAAAUGCAAAAGAAAAACACUGAGUCCAAAACUGUCCUUCUUGAAAAGAACUUGAAGGAGUUGCAGGAACGAGAGAUCAAGUUGCAAGUGCAAAUCAAGAAACAUAAAGAAAAAGAACAAAGAGAAAUAUUAUCAAUGGAGGCACAGAGAAAGACACUGGAAAAAGAAUUGAUUAGAAUCAAUCAAGAAAAAGAGAAAAUUAAAAAAGAAAAGCAAGACCUAAAUGAUCAAUGGAAAGAGCUUGAGACACUGAAACAGCAACUAAUUAAAGAGAGAGAUGAACUGGAGGAACUCAAAAACAAGAUGUUAAAAGAGAAACUGUUACUUAAGCAAAACCAGACAGAAACCAAUAAACAAAAGCAAGUUCUGGAAGACAAUGCGGAAGAAUUACAAAUGGAGAGAACACAUCUGACAAAAAUGAAACUGGAAUUUGAACAGAAGAUACAAGAAAGGGAAAACGUGGUAAAGGAGAAGAUGAAGCAAGAGAGAGAUGAACUUGAUCUAUUCAUGAAGGAUAUUAACAUGCAGAAGCAGGUUCUUGAAGAACAAAUGUCUUUUAACAACAAUUUGAAAAAUGAGCUAGAAGAAAUAAAGGCAAAUCUGAAUGUGGAACAGAAAGCUAUUGUUCUUGAAAAGCAAGAGAUCCAGAAAGAGAAAGAAAGAUUGGACCAAUCAAAGGCAUCCAUACAGAGCGAAAUGCAGGAAAUAAAAAAUGCUUUGGAGAAAGCCAUGAUAGACAGAGAAAAUCUAGAUGCAAUUGAGAGAGGUUUAGCAGAGGAAAAAGAACAAUGUAGAAUUAUGGUUGAGGAGACAUCUGAACAAAAGGAUGCCUUGAAGAAGAUCUCCGCUGAAAUUGAAAUACAAAAGAAAGACAUUGACGCCAACAAAGUACGUCUUGAAAAGAAGUGGAUGGAACUGCAGGAACGUGAGGAUGAGUUGCAAAUAAAAAAACAAAAAGAAAAAGAAGAUAGCAAAAUAUUACCAAUAGAGGAACAGAGAAAUACACUGGUAAAAGAAAUGAUUAGAAUUAACCAAGAAAAAGAGAACAUUAAAAAAGAAAAGCAAGACUUACAGGAUCAAUGGAAAGAACUUGAGACACUAAAACAGCAACUAUUCAAAGAGAGAGAUGAACUGGAGGAACUCAAAAACAAGAUGUUGAAAGAGAAACUGUUACUUGAGCAAAAGGAGACAGAAACCAAUAAACAAAAGCAAGUUCUAGAAGACAAUGGGAAGGAGUUAAUAAUGGAGAAAGCACAUCUGGACAAGAUGAAACUGGAAUUUGAUCAGCAGAUACAAGAAAUGGAAAACACGGUCAGGGAGAAGAUGAAGCAAGAGAGAGAUGAACUUGAUCUUUUCAUGAAGGAUAUUAACAUGCAGAAGCAGGUUCUUGAAGAGCAAAGGUCUUUUAACAACAAUUUGAAAAAUGAGCUAGAAGAAAUAAAGGCAAAUCUGAAUGUGGAACAGAAAGCUAUUGUUCUUGAAAAGCAAGAGAUCCAGAAAGAGAAAGAAAGAUUGGACCAAACAAAGGAAUCCAUGGAGAACGAAAUGCAGGAAAUGAAAAAUGCCUUGGAAAACGCCAUGAUAGACAGAGAAAAUCUGGAUGAAAUUAAGAGAAGAGAAGCAGAAGAAAAAGAAAAGUAUAGAAAUGUGGUUGAGGAGACAACCAAACAAAAGGAUGCCUUGGAGAAGGUGGCUGCUGAAAUUGAAAUGCAAAAGAAAAACACUGAGUCCCAAACUGUCCUUCUUGAAAAGAAUUUGAAGGAGUUGCAGGAACGAAAGAGCAAGUUGCAAGUGCAAAUCAAGAAACAUAAAGAAAAAGUACAAAGAGAAAUAUUAUCAAUGGAGGAACAGAGAGAGACACUUAAAAAAGAAUUGAUUAGAAUCAACCAAGAAAAUGAAGACAGAGAAAAAGAAAAGCAAGACAUACAAAAGAAAUGGGAAGAACUUGAAACACUGAAACAGCAACUAUUCAAAGAGAGGGAUGAACUGGAGGAACUCAAAAACAAGAUGUUAAAAGAGAAACUGUUACUUAAGCAAAAGGAGACAGAAACCAAUAAACAAAAGCAAGUUCUGGAAGACAAUGCGGAAGAAUUACAAAUGGAGAGAACACAUCUGACAAAAAUGAAACUGGAAUUUGAACAGAAGAUACAAGAAAGGGAAAACGUGGUAAAGGAGAAGAUGAAACAAGAGAGAGAUGAACUUGAUCUAUUCAUGAAGGAUAUUAGCAUGCAGAAGCAGGUUCUUGAAGAACAAAUGUCUUUUAACAACAAUUUGAAAAAUGAGCUAGAAGAAAUAAAGGCAAAUCUGAAUGUGGAACAGAAAGCUAUUGUUCUUGAAAAGCAAGAGAUCCAGAAAGAGAAAGAAAGAUUGGACCAAUCAAAGGCAUCCAUACAGAGCGAAAUGCAGGAAAUAAAAAAUGCUUUGGAGAAAGCCAUGAUAGACAGAGAAAAUCUAGAUGCAAUUGAGAGAGGUUUAGCAGAGGAAAAAGAACAAUGUAGAAUUAUGGUUGAGGAGACAUCUGAACAAAAGGAUGCCUUGAAGAAGAUCUCCGCUGAAAUUGAAAUACAAAAGAAAGACACUGAGUCCAAAACUGUCCUUCUUGAAAAGAACUUGAAGGAGUUGCAGGAACGAGAGAGCAAGUUGCAAGUGCAAAUCCAGAAACAUAAAGAAAAAGUACAAGGAGAAAUAUUAUCAAUGGAGGAACAGAGAGAGACACUUAAAAAAGAAUUGAUUAGAAUCAACCAAGAAAAUGAAGACAGAGAAAAAGAAAAGCAAGACAUACAGAAGAAAUGGGAAGAACUUGAAACACUGAAACAGCAACUAUUCAAACAGAGAGAUGAACUGGAGGAACUCAAAAACAAGAUGUUAAAAGAGAAACUGUUACUUAAGCAAAAGCAGACAGAAACCAAUAAACAAAAGCAAGUUCUGGAAGACAAUGCGGAAGAAUUACAAAUGGAGAGAACACAUCUGACAAAAAUGAAACUGGAAUUUGAACAGAAGAUACAAGAAAGGGAAAACGUGGUAAAGGAGAAGAUAAAGCAAGAGAGAGAUGAACUUGAUCUAUUCAUGAAGGAUAUUAACAUGCAGAAGCAGGUUCUUGAAGAACAAAUGUCUUUUAACAACAAUUUGAAAAAUGAGCUAAAAGAAAUAAAGGCAAAUCUGAAUGUGGAACAGAAAGCUAUUGUUCUUGAAAAGCAAGAGAUCCAGAAAGAGAAAGAAAGAUUGGACCAAUCAAAGGCAUCCAUACAGAGCGAAAUGCAGGAAAUAAAAAAUGCUUUGCAGAAAGCCAUGAUAGACAGAGAAAAUCUAGAUGCAAUUGAGAGAGGUUUAGCAGAGGAAAAAGAACAAUGUAGAAUUUUGGUUGAGGAGACAUCUGAACAAAAGGAUGCCUUGAAGAAGAUCUCCGCUGAAAUUGAAAUACAAAAGAAAGACAUUGACGCCAACAAAGUACGUCUUGAAAAGAAGUGGAUGGAACUGCAGGAACGUGAGGAUGAGUUGCAAAUAAAAAAACAAAAAGAAAAAGAAGAUAGCAAAAUAUUACCAAUAGAGGAACAGAGAAAUACACUGGUAAAAGAAAUGAUUAGAAUUAACCAAGAAAAAGAGAACAUUAAAAAAGAAAAGCAAGACUUACAGGAUCAAUGGAAAGAACUUGAGACACUAAAACAGCAACUAUUCAAAGAGAGAGAUGAACUGGAGGAACUCAAAAACAAGAUGUUGAAAGAGAAACUGUUACUUGAGCAAAAGGAGACAGAAACCAAUAAACAAAAGCAAGUUCUAGAAGACAAUGGGAAGGAGUUAAUAAUGGAGAAAGCACAUCUGGACAAGAUGAAACUGGAAUUUGAUCAGCAGAUACAAGAAAUGGAAAACACGGUCAGGGAGAAGAUGAAGCAAGAGAGAGAUGAACUUGAUCUUUUCAUGAAGGAUAUUAACAUGCAGAAGCAGGUUCUUGAAGAGCAAAGGUCUUUUAACAACAAUUUGAAAAAUGAGCUAGAAGAAAUAAAGGCAAAUCUGAAUGUGGAACAGAAAGCUAUUGUUCUUGAAAAGCAAGAGAUCCAGAAAGAGAAAGAAAGAUUGGACCAAACAAAGGAAUCCAUGGAGAACGAAAUGCAGGAAAUGAAAAAUGCCUUGGAAAACGCCAUGAUAGACAGAGAAAAUCUGGAUGAAAUUAAGAGAAGAGUAGCAGAAGAAAAAGAAAAGUAUAGAAAUGUGGUUGAGGAGACAACCAAACAAAAGGAUGCCUUGGAGAAGGUGGCUGCUGAAAUUGAAAUGCAAAAGAAAAACACUGAAUCCAAAACUGUCCUUCUUGAAAAGAACUUGAAGGAGUUGCAGGAACGAGAGAUCAAGUUGCAAGUGCAAAGCAAGAAACAUAAAGAAAAAGAACAAAGAGAAAUAUUAUCAAUGGAGGCACAGAGAAAGACACUGGAAAAAGAAUUGAUUAGAAUCAAUCAAGAAAAAGAGAACAUUAAAAAAGAAAAGCAAGACCUAAAUGAUCAAUGGAAAGAGCUUGAGACACUGAAACAGCAACUAUUCAAAGAGAGAGAUGAACUGGAGGAACUCAAAAACAAGAUGUUAAAAGAGAAACUGUUACUUAAGCAAAAGGAGACAGAAACCAAUAAACAAAAGCAAGUUCUGGAAGACAAUGCGGAAGAAUUACAAAUGGAGAGAACACAUCUGACAAAAAUGGAACUGGAAUUUGAACAGAAGAUACAAGAAAGGGAAAACGUGGUAAAGGAGAAGAUGAAGCAAGAGAGAGAUGAACUUGAUCUAUUCAUGAAGGAUAUUAACAUGCAGAAGCAGGUUCUUGAAGAACAAAUGUCUUUUAACAACAAUUUGAAAAAUGAGCUAGAAGAAAUAAAGGCAAAUCUGAAUGUGGAACAGAAAGCUAUUGUUCUUGAAAAGCAAGAGAUCCAGAAAGAGAAAGAAAGAUUGGACCAAUCAAAGGCAUCCAUACAGAGCGAAAUGCAGGAAAUGAAAAAUGCUUUGCAGAAAGCCAUGAUAGACAGAGAAAAUCUAGAUGCAAUUGAGAAAGGUUUAGCAGAGGAAAAAGAACAAUGUAGAAUUUUGGUUGAGGAGACAUCUGAACAAAAGGAUGCCUUGAAGAAGAUCUCCGCUGAAAUUGAAAUACAAAAGAAAGACAUUGACGCCAACAAAGUACGUCUUGAAAAGAAGUGGAUGGAACUGCAGGAACGUGAGGAUGAGUUGCAAAUAAAAAAAGAAAAAGAAGAAAGCAAAAUAUUACCAAUAGAGGAACAGAGAAAUACACUGGUAAAAGAAAUGAUUAGAAUCAACCAAGAAAAAGAGAACAUUAAAAAAGAAAAGCAAGACUUACAGGAUCAAUGGAAAGAACUUGAGACACUAAAACAGCAACUAUUCAAAGAGAGAGAUGAACUGGAGGAACUCAAAAACAAGAUGUUGAAAGAGAAACUGUUACUUGAGCAAAAGGAGACAGAAAUCAAUAAACAAAAGCAAGUUCUAGAAGACAAUGGGAAGGAGUUAAUAAUGGAGAAAGCACAUCUGGACAAGAUGAAACUGGAAUUUGAUCAGCAGAUACAAGAAAUGGAAAACACGGUCAGGGAGAAGAUGAAGCAAGAGAGAGAUGAACUUGAUCUUUUCAUGAAGGAUAUUAACAUGCAGAAGCAGGUUCUUGAAGAGCAAAGGUCUUUUAACAACAAUUUGAAAAAUGAGCUAGAAGAAAUAAAGGCAAAUCUGAAUGUGGAACAGAAAGCUAUUGUUCUUGAAAAACAAGAGAUCCAGAAAGAGAAAGAAAGAUUGGACCAAUCAAAGGCAUCCAUACAGAGCGAAAUGCAGGAAAUCAAAAAUGCUUUGCAGAAAGCCAUGAUAGACAGAGAAAAUCUAGAUGCAAUUGAGAGAGGUUUAGCAGAGGAAAAAGAACAAUGUAGAAUUAUGGUUGAGGAGACAUCUGAACAAAAGGAUGCCUUGAAGAAGAUCUCCGCUGAAAUUGAAAUGCAAAAGAAAAACACUGAGUCCAAAACUGUCCUUCUUGAAAAGAACUUGAAGGAGUUGCAGGAACGAGAGAUCAAGUUGCAAGUGCAAAUCCAGAAACAUAAAGAAAAUGUACAAGGAGAAAUAUUAUCAAUGGAGGAACAGAGAGAGACAGUUAAAAAAGAAUUGAUUAGAAUCAACCAAGAAAAUGAAGACAGAGAAAAAGAAAAGCAAGACAUACAGAAGAAAUGGGAAGAACUUGAAACACUAAAACAGCAACUAUUCAAAGAGAGAGAUGAACUGGAGGAACUCAAAAACAAGAUGUUAAAAGAGAAACUGUUACUUAAGCAAAAGGAGACAGAAACCAAUAAACAAAAGCAAGUUCUGGAAGACAAUGUGGAAGAAUUACAAAUGGAGAGAACACAUCUGACAAAAAUGAAACUGGAAUUUGAACAGAAGAUACAAGAAAGGGAAAACGUGGUAAAGGAGAAGAUGAAGCAAGAGAGAGAUGAACUUGAUCUAUUCAUGAAGGAUAUUAACAUGCAGAAGCAGGUUCUUGAAGAACAAAUGUCUUUUAACAACAAUUUGAAAAAUGAGCUAGAAGAAAUAAAGGCAAAUCUGAAUGUGGAACAGAAAGCUAUUGUUCUUGAAAAGCAAGAGAUCCAGAAAGAGAAAGAAAGAUUGGACCAAUCAAAGGCAUCCAUACAGAGCGAAAUGCAGGAAAUAAAAAAUGCUUUGGAGAAAGCCAUGAUAGACAGAGAAAAUCUAGAUGCAAUUGAGAGAGGUUUAGCAGAGGAAAAAGAACAAUGUAGAAUUAUGGUUGAGGAGACAUCUGAACAAAAGGAUGCCUUGAAGAAGAUCUCCGCUGAAAUUGAAAUACAAAAGAAAGACAUUGACGCCAACAAAGUACGUCUUGAAAAGAAGUGGAUGGAACUGCAGGAACGUGAGGAUGAGUUGCAAAUAAAAAAACAAAAAGAAAAAGAAGAUAGCAAAAUAUUACCAAUAGAGGAACAGAGAAAUACACUGGUAAAAGAAAUGAUUAGAAUUAACCAAGAAAAAGAGAACAUUAAAAAAGAAAAGCAAGACUUACAGGAUCAAUGGAAAGAACUUGAGACACUAAAACAGCAACUAUUCAAAGAGAGAGAUGAACUGGAGGAACUCAAAAACAAGAUGUUGAAAGAGAAACUGUUACUUGAGCAAAAGGAGACAGAAACCAAUAAACAAAAGCAAGUUCUAGAAGACAAUGGGAAGGAGUUAAUAAUGGAGAAAGCACAUCUGGACAAGAUGAAACUGGAAUUUGAUCAGCAGAUACAAGAAAUGGAAAACACGGUCAGGGAGAAGAUGAAGCAAGAGAGAGAUGAACUUGAUCUUUUCAUGAAGGAUAUUAACAUGCAGAAGCAGGUUCUUGAAGAGCAAAGGUCUUUUAACAACAAUUUGAAAAAUGAGCUAGAAGAAAUAAAGGCAAAUCUGAAUGUGGAACAGAAAGCUAUUGUUCUUGAAAAGCAAGAGAUCCAGAAAGAGAAAGAAAGAUUGGACCAAACAAAGGAAUCCAUGGAAAACGAAAUGCAGGAAAUGAAAAAUGCCUUGGAAAACGCCAUGAUAGACAGAGAAAAUCUGGAUGAAAUUAAGAGAAGAGUAGCAGAAGAAAAAGAAAAGUAUAGAAAUGUGGUUGAGGAGACAACCAAACAAAAGGAUGCCUUGGAGAAGGUGGCUGCUGAAAUUGAAAUGCAAAAGAAAAACACUGAGUCCAAAACUGUCCUUCUUGAAAAGAACUUGAAGGAGUUGACGGAGCAAACGGAGACAGAAACCAAUAAACUAAAGCAAGUUCUGGAGGUCAAUGCAAAAGAAAUAAUGAAAGACAGAACACAUCUGGACAAAGCCAUGCCAGACAGAGACAUUCUGGAUGAAACUGAGAGAUUAACAAAUAAUAAAGGACAAUAUAGAAUUAUGAUUGAGGACACAACCAACCAAAAGUAUGUAUUGAAGAAGAUGGCUGCUGAAAAUGAAAUGCAAAAGAAAGACAUUGAGUCCAACAAAGUCUUUCUUGGAAAAAAUGGGAGGGAAAUUCAAAACGUAAAAGAAGAAACAGAAAUGUUGACCAUGGCAGAGCAGAGAAGUACACAGGAAACAAGGUUGGAACAACCAAUGGUAUUCGAAACGAAAACAGAUGCUCAAACUCAAACCCUUAAGGAGGACAUGGAGAAAAAGUUUAGCAGAGAAACACAAACUGAAAUUAUGGGAAUAAAAACUAAUGGGAUUGAGCAAGUACGAAUAGAGAAUCAGAGGCUAAGAGACAAAAAUGUAAUUGGAGAAUUUAAUAAAACAAUUGAUUACAUGGAGAAAGAACUUGAGGAACGAUUACAAGAAAUUCAGAAAAAUGAAAUCAAACGAGUUGGACUGCAGAAAGAGAAAACUGAGCUGGAGCUGAGAAAAGCUGAUCUUUAUGAAAGAGACACAGAGAUAAAGAAAGUCAGAGAGAAGGAAAAAGAAAUAAUUCUAUUAAAGGAGUGUAUGCUGAUAGAAAUUAGCCAACUAAAGAGCAAACGAACAGAUACAAACACCAGAUACUUACAAAGAAUGGAGCAGCUCAUAACUGAAACAAUAAAGAACAGAAUCAGACAUGUGACAGACAAAGCUGUACAAACAGUGACAGAGGAAAAACCAAAGAAACAAAGAAGAGAAGAUGCUGAUCAACAGGUGGAGGGAAUUCAAACAGAAAGACUAAUUGAACAUGCCAGCACAUUUGACCAUGGGCUGAUUGAUGAAGGGAAUGAGAGAUUAGGUAAAGAGGCUUCAAGGAAGACUCAAACUACAAAUGUAUUACAAAGAUGGCAACUAUUGCAGCGGUUUAAGCAAAGAAAAAAAUGCUGCUGUUGUUGUCCAACUGAAACUAAGCAAAAGGAACAGAGAAAUUUGGAUUCAUGAAGCCAAACAAGCUUUGUUUCUACAAAACAAAUAUAUUGAAAUCUAAAACGAUAUUUUUUAAAUGUAAGCCUUUGCCAAUUUUACUUACCCAGUAUCAUGCUGGCUUCAGGUAUGGUACGAAGCUACUAUGGUAUAUGCUCAAGAAUCUUUACAAUAAACUUUAUACUUAUUGCUAUUAUUAUCCAUUUAUUAUUGUAAUAAUGCUAUUGUAAUUACAGUAUACGCAAUUUAUUAUUUUCAUUAAUAAACUGACUACUGGAAGGAA